AUGAGCUUCGAGAUUCUGAGAUUACCCCCCUCCCACUGCCAGCUCUCCGCCAUCGAACUCUUCUGGGGAUGGCUGAAGCAGGAGGUCGCGAAAGAAGCGUAUCCGAACAUCAAGGUUCAGGAGCUGCGCGACCUGACGCUUCGAGUAGUUUACAGUACAUACCACAUGUUCUUGUCAAAUUUGCAAAAAAAAAAAGCUCGACAUUAUAGCUGGGAGCAAAGUCUUCCGAAUUAA